GUACGACACCUAAAAACAGCCAGUCACAGUGACAGCGACACGCAGAGAGCAGAAAGAGCAUGGGGAAUUAGCCACGUCAGCUAACUAGCAUCGCCGCUCACGUGUUACUUUACUCAAGCCCGCGUCACAUUUUUAGUGUUAAAUAUUCUCUGCUCUUCACUCAGAAAAACACACGUACGCUUUCACAGUUGUUUGUGAUUUUAAGAUGUUUAAUUCGCUUACCGACAAAAACCGGCUGCCCGACAGGAACUACAAGUCGUGUGAAUAUGUCGUCAUCACCGGCCGCCGCGGCACUCGGAGAGGAGAAAACUACAUCUUCCCUCCCUUUUUUGAUUAAAACACCGAUUUGUUGUGUUGUGCUUUACGCAAACCAUAAAACAACUAGUGUUAUCUGACAUCUUUGAUUUUACUUGUUUGUAGUUUACUUGUUUUAGUCCAUUUUAAACUCGAUUUUGGCUCAUUUAGAAGUGAACGACGUUGCUAUGGUUACCAGAGAGAGCAAGGUCCGGUGGGACACGUAGUUCAGAAAAGCUUCGCUGACGAGGCGACUAGCUAAGAAAACGUUUAAAUCUACUACAUUACCCAGAAUCCUAUCUGAUUGAAAUUGAUGGCAGCUCUGUGUACAGGUGUUUUUUUUUUUUUUUGCGAGGGCUCUUUGUACCGAAGCCUUUUUGUGCAUAAUAUACAUUUGAAAUAGUUCGCUUUUGUAGUUGGUUGAAGAGGACACCGUAGUAUUUAAUUGGGGUUACAUUAUAGUAGCAGAGGUAAAGGACUACAACCAAGGUAAUUAUGACGUUCCCAGGUCACAACCCUCACCUGUUUAGGUGGAGGAGGCUCGGCAAGAAUAACAUAAAUAAGACGCAGGUGAAGGAUGGUGAUAUCGAUCAGUGGAGGAAGCGAGUUGAGACGGCUUCCGAGUUUGCUGUAUCUGAAGUCUUCUCCCACAAGAAACCUCACUCAGAAACAAACAGCCUAUCGGUAGCUUUGCAAAGCUCUGACCAGCUCAGAGACCACGAUGACGCUUAUAGCGAAGCUCAGGCUCUUCUUGGUGAUUGGCUGAACAGUAAAUUGCGUCUGGAGCUGGAGAUGGAGGAGGAAGAUGACUUGAUGUGCUCCGCUGAGAGAAGAAGGCCUGUUCCGUCGGCUAGUGCUCGACCCACCGCCCUGAGCUACAGCAACUUUGAUGAGCUGUACAACUGCCUGGCUGAGGAGGAAGAGCACAGCGCUGUUAACAGCUUCCUACAAGACCUGAUGGAGCAAGAGGUGUUGGACUCUGGGGUCAUGGAGGAACUGGCGCUGGAUGUUGGACAAACAAGAAAGAAGUUCAGAGACCCAGUGGUCACCAUGGAAGCACGACACCUGCAGGUGCGGGAGAACAGAGCGCGGCGGGAGGCUGAGAGGCAGAGGCAACAUAGGGAGAGGGAGGCUCAGCGGGGUGUCAAAGAGGAAGCAAAGCGGAGGGAGCGGGAGGAGGAGAUAAGGAAGAAGCAGGAGGCACGGAGGCAGGAGGAGAUGGUGCAGCAGGAGAUGGUGAGACUGCGCCGUCAGAUGGAGGAGAGGAGAGGCCUGGAACAACUGGUUCGACAGAGAGAAAGGGAGGGAGUGGAAGGUGAGAGGGCACCCAGAAGCCUUCAGUCAGCUCCUUCACAUCCCACAAAACAGCAGCAGCGGGAUACACAGCAACUUUAUAACCAACAGAAAAUUCAAACCAAGGUUCACAUGCGUAAUCUCAAGUGCCUGCAGAGGCAUUUCUCUGGAUGGUAUGCGGUGGUGUUGGACCGAAGGCUACGUUUGGGUAAGGCCAUGGCCCUCUGUGACUGGAAGAGGCAGCUGAGAGCAUGGCGAGCGUGGAGGGCAGUGGUGUGGGCAGCACAAAGGCAGCGAGAGGUGGCGAGAACAGAGCAGGAGCUGCGGGCUGAAAACAGACAAUGCCAGCUGGCUGUAGAGAGUGACCGGAGGCGGUUGCUACGCCGAUGUCUGAAUGAGUGGCAGCUCUGGUGUCGGACGGAGAAGGAACAACGAGAGCUUUUGGCCCAGCAGCAGGAGACCCGGCGCAAGAUGGACGCCUUAAUUAACGCUGCAUCGACAGGCAAACUCAAGGCAACAGAAACGCCAACUUAUCAGCCAGUCAUGACCCCGCCUGAGGCAUCUAACCAACCAGAGAGCACAGAAAAGGAAGAUCACCACAGGUCAGGCACUUUAGCCCCAGAGAGCUCUGCAGUACAUCAGAACAAGACUACUGUGGGCUCUGCAGCCCAGCCCACUCAGCCGUGGCAGGUGACCCGACGGCAUGCAGCACCGACUGCCGCUGAGCUCCAAGCGACACGGCAGAGAGGUGAGGGCGGUGGCGUCACCUGUUCAAAAAGGGCAGUGUCGCCGGGUGGCAGGUUUGAGAACAGACACGCCAUCCAGCAGCAGAUCAUCACCCAGCAGAGGAAGCUGUUGAAGGAGCAGCAAGAGCAAAUUGCCCGAUUGAGGGAAGAGCAGAGCAUUGCGGGCCUGGAGCUGGAAAUGGAGAAAACCGCACAGCUCACCCAGCUAUCAGUGCUGAGAGACACGAGACCAAAGAGCCAUAAGGUUGACCCCACAGAGGAGAGGGCACCGAGAGUUACUGGAGAACCUGACAGUCUCUGUGCACCUCCGAGGAAAGCUGUCACACGCAAGACAGGCCUUCAUCCAAUCAUCACAGCCAUGGAGGCCCGCGCACGCCAACGCGCAGAGCGAAGGAAGGAAAUCGAGGAACUCAAGAGAAAGAAGGAAGAGGAAAAACUGGCUGAGAUGAAAGCCGCUGAGGAGCAGAGGCAGAGGGAGGAGGAGGAGGAGAAACGCAAAGCAGCAGAAAAGAAGAAGGAGGAGAAAAGGCUGGAAAGAGAGAGGGAAGAGGAAAAACAGAGGCAGCUGAAAAGGCAACAGGAGCUCAUGAAGCUGGCCCGUCAACACUACGACAGAAACUUACUGCUACGGCGAGGCCUGGCACCAUGGAAACGCCUCAUUCAGCUCAGACAAGCCAACAUGCAGCUGGCCGAGAGUCACUACAAUCUCUUCCUCCUGAGGCGGUGCACGCUAGGCUGGCAGCAAUCAGCAAGAGAGUCCUUGUCUGAGAAAGAAGCUUCUGCUGACCAACUGCACCAGCACUUCUUGCUUCGGAGGAGCUUAAGCUGCUGGAAAAGACUAAAGGACUGGCGGAUGAUUCAAGAGGAGAGAGCCGAGCGUUUCUAUCGCACUCGCACUCUGAGGAGGUUUCUGCUGGCACUGCUGGACCAUGUGACCCAGGAGAGGCUGGUGGAGUGGGACCGUCAGGAGCUGGCUCAGGAGCACAAUAACAGACGGGUGCUACGGCAAUGUUUCCUGGCCUGGGGGCAGCUUCCAUAUCUGCUGCGCAGGGAAAGAAAGAAGGAGGAGCGGCGGGAGAAGCUGGGGCGGAAAGUGACUGAGGUUCUGCCUGAUUUUGGCUCCCAUCCACUGUAAAGCCUCUGGGAGAAACCGCCGCUGUAGGAAACAAAC